AUGAUUGGCAGAGUAAAUCACAUUAAUUUGGUUCGCAUGUUUGGGUUUUGUGCAGAGGGAAAGCAUAGGCUUCUGGUUUUUGAGUAUGUGGAGAAUGGGUCUCUGGAUAAGCACAGCUUCACACAAAACAGUUCGAUGGUUUUGGACUGGAAGAAACGACUUCAAAAUGCGGUGGGGACGGCCAAAGGGUUGGCUUAUCUGCACGAAGAAUGCCUGGAAUGGAUUCUGCAUUGUGACGUGAAACCCCAGAACAUUCUUCUGGACGAGCAGUUUCAAGCCAAAGUCUCCGACUUCGGACUGGCAAAGUUUGUAGACAGUGGUCAAGGCAGAGAUCGUGCUCUCAACUUCUCCACAAUUAGAGGGACGCCAGGGUAUUUGGCACCCGAGUGGACAAUGAAUCUUCCCAUCACAGCAAAGGCUGACGUUUAUAGCUUUGGCAUUCUUCUGUUGGAAUUAGUGAGCGGGCGAGAAGCUGCGAAAUUCAAUGUGGGCAGGUCCGGGGUUAAUUUUGUGCAGUGGGCGUUUGAGAAUGGCAAAGCAGGAAAAUGGAUGUGCGAUAUGGUAGAUUCGAAGCUGGCAGAGACAGAUGGAUUGACGUGUGAGGAUAUGAGGGAGGUGGAAAGAGUCCUUAAGACGGCAUUGCUAUGCGUGGAGCAGGACAGGGAUUACAGGCCUACAAUGAGUGAGGUUGUGGAGAUGCUGACGGCAGAGUGA